AUGAUGCCCACUAUCCCCUUCGCUCUUUUGCUCCAGUGGCGAGAAUGGCAAAGAAAAAAGCUGGUAACUCCGGCUCAAAGGCUUCCGCAAAGGCUGCGAAGAAGGCGAAGAUAGAUAAAAAGAUAGACCGCAAGGAGAAGAAGAAGCAGAGCAAGUCCAAGCCUGACAUAGAGGACGAUGACGAGGACUUGGAGGCCAUCCUAGACAAGAUGCGAAGAGACUGGGAAGACCAGCACAAAGUUACCGAAGAGCUUGUCGAGGGACCACCCAGUCGGCGGGCAAAUGCUACCUUGAUUCCCUGUCCGAAUGGAAAUCAUCUAUGGUGCAUCGGCGGAGAGUUCUUCAGCGAAGAUAAUAAAGCCUACUUCUAUAAUGACGUCUUUCGGUAUUCGCCUGACAAGGAUGAAUGGCGCAAGUUUGUCUCCCCUACCUGUCCUGGCCCUCGUUCGGCCCAUGCUGUGGUCGCUUCUCCCGCGGGAGGGGGAAAGCUGUUCCUGUUCGGUGGGGAGUUCUCUAGCCUUAACCAGUCGACCUUCCAUCACUACCGCGACUUCUGGUGCUUCGACAUCCAAACGCACUCCUGGGACAGAAUCGAAACCAAAGUCCUUCCUUCAGCACGCUCGGGGCAUCGAAUGGCAAUGUGGAAGCACUACAUCGUGCUCUUCGGGGGAUUCUAUGACCCUGGUAUCAGAACAAAUUACUUGAACGAUCUAUGGCUAUUUGACACACAGGAGUAUAAGUGGAAGCAGGUUGAGUUGAAAGAAAAUGAACCCAAGCCUUCGCCGCGAAGUGGGUUCUCGUUCUUGUCCACUCCUGAAGGCGCCCUAUUGCAUGGCGGGUACUGCAAAGAAUAUCAAAAGGGCAAGCGGCCUGUCGGUGUCAUGCUCGAAGAUACCUGGUUUCUGAGGCUGAGCGUGCCAACCGAGCCAGACGCAGACCGAAAGCCGUCUUCGUUCAACAUGCCAGUCCUCAAAUGGGAGCGGCGCAAGCGUUCAUCGACAGCUUACGCACCAUCAAUUCGCUCUGGGUGUACGAUGGCGCUGUGGCAAACGAAGAAUACUGGUGUCCUUUUCGGUGGUGUCACGGACGAGGACACGAACGAGGAGACAUUGGAGAGCGUCUUUCACAACGACUUGUACGGCUACCAGAUUGCCGAAAAUGGCCGCUGGAUCUCCAUAACCCUCAAACGCCCCAAACAAAAAGGCGGUGCGAAGAAAAAGAUGGCGCCAGCCGCUACUGCAGCUCCCAAGCUUUCUACAUCUGUAUCAGAGAAGGAGAAGACAGGCUCUGACGACGAAAAGGACUCCGACGAAUAUCACUCUGACGAGGAGGACAAACCAUGGCUGAAAGCCAAACAACAGCGGGAGAGUCGUCCACCAUCGCUCACGUCGACCGCUGUAACCGAAACCCCAGUCAACGACGAAGUGGGCCCGGAAGACCCGAACCUUACUAUCCCAUUGCCACGAUACAAUGCUAUGUUAGCAGUUCUGCGUAACAAUCUGUUCAUUUAUGGUGGCAUAUUCGAGCGCGGAUCACGCGAGUACACACUAGACGACUUCUACUUACUGCAGCUCGACAAACUCGAUCGCUACGUUUGUCUAAAGCCGAGCGACGUCAUUAUCCCUGCGAAUGCCGACGACAGCAGCAGCGACGGGGACGACGACGAGGAUAGCUCGGAUGAUGAGAGUAAUUACGGCGAUGGCGACGACGACGACGAAAGUCUCUCAGCGACAUUGACUGCUGACUCGCCUGCCAAGGAAGUUAAGAACGAUAAAGAGGAUGGAAAGGAAAUGUUGAAGGUCAUAUCCGAGGAGGAACCAGAUCCCGAUAAUCUACGAGCUCAAGCUACGGCGUUUAUGGGUGUCUCCAAGGACCAGACCCGCUCAGCCGAGGAUGUAGUCAGCACACCCCUGCCAGGCGAGACCCUCGCAAUGUUCUACGCCCGUUCGCGCGAUUAUUGGGCACAGAAGGCGCAUCAAUCGAGCGAUAACCGCGGCAAAAUGCUCCGUCGUGAUGCUUUCACGCUCGCACAGGAGAGAUACACAUCGUACAAGCCGAUCCUUACAGAAGUGGAGAAGAUCUUGGCUGAGGCUGGAAUGGAUGAGGAGGAGAUACGGAGAAGUGCCGCUGCAGGACCUGAUGCCAGGCAGGGACAGAGUCGGAACCGUAGGUGACCUUGCCAUAGUUAUUUCAGGUUGGCCCUUGCUACCUCAAGCCGCCGCACAUUCUUUGCUAGGAUAUCAGCAGUGAUACCCUCGUUUCGUGAUGCCCGCGAUGCCACGUCCUGCGCAGCAAGUACGAAGCCCAUUGCUGCCUGGUAGUCUUGCAGCCGGUUUGACAUCUCGGCGGUAUUCCCAAGGCACAAGACAAGCUCCUUGCGUAUGUCAACCACUGCCGAGUUCCAGCGGCCCUGUGUUGCCUCGUCGAAAGCAACUAGUUCCGCCGCAAGCUGUGCGGUCUGACGAUACUCGCUCCGCGCCGUAUAUGGCGCCUCCCGGACAUGUUUCUUGUUCUUCUCCCUCUGUGCCCUGACCCGCUUCGCUAUGACCGAGACCGUCUUCCCAAUUACCAUGUCGCUCAGGAUCUGCUGCACAUGCACGAGAUGUGUGCCAUCCGCCGUACCCUCCGGCAGGGACCGCCAUGUGUGCGCCUUGUCGAGUAUGCCGCGUUGUGCUAGUACAUUCAGCAACCGGAGGAGAGCUAUCGGGGCGGAAAUGGCUGCGUCUGGGAUCUGGCCGAGCGCGUCGAUGGUCACACCGGGCUCUUCGAUGUCGGCGAGGGCCAAGGGUAUACGGAAGACGCUGGCCGACCACUCAAUUUUUUCAUAAAACUCCUCUUCCUUCAUCCUGGGGCUGAAUACUAAGUCGGCUUCUCUUGAGAUAGGUGUAGCCUUUUUGGUAGACUCGUAGGCGAUGCGCAGAAGGGAUAUGAGAUCGACGUCAUCAAUGUCAGGAGUGAACGUUAGUGUGGUAAGAAUUGACAAGAUGUCAAUGCGCAUGUGCCCUGCGUCCUAUGUCAGUUAUGCAAUUACGUUGGGGUAUCAGCAGCAGCAGAUUGGUCACCUCGAUACUCGUACAAGUUAGCCAUUGCCUCUGUGUUUGGCUUGAUUCCAUACCAGUCUGGGUGCACUCCAUCGAGGAGGCUGUUUACAGACUCAG